AAAUGAUAGAAUAUAAAGCCGAAAAAAUAUUCUGUGUUUAUUUUCAAAAUCUUAGAAUCAUAAAUGUGUCUCGAAUGUAACCAUUAACUGAUUUUCUGGAUUGUCCCAAAAAAAAAAAAACUGAUUUUCUGGAUAAAAUUAGUAAAGAGAAGGGGACAGGUGGGUGUUGCUUACUCUAGUAGUCAGUCAUGAGGAAAGUAAUCUGAAAAAAACGAGUAAGGAAUAGACACGUGUGGCUUCAUCCCUAAGUAUCCGUUUUUACUUAACUAAUCAAUGCACGACUUCCACGUCUCUCUUUUUUUUACUAGUAUAAAACUCAUUAAAUGUGAGCGAUACUUUGCUCGAUCGAACAAGUCGUAUCUAUAUAAUCGAGAAAGAGGAAAAGAUCUUUUAAACCCCAAAAUAAUCAAUCAAGCAAAUAAGCAAUCAAUCGGAGGAAGCAAUGAAUAAUCUCCCAGAAGAUUGCAUCGCCAAGAUCCUUUCCUUGACAACUCCUCUCGACGUUUGCCGUUUAUCGGCGGUCUCCAGUAUCUUCAGAUCCGCCGCCGGCUCCGACGAUGUCUGGAAUCAUUUCUUACCGGCUGAUUUCCCCGCCGGCUUUGCGGCACCUGCUGGUCUUCCCACCAGGAAGCAACUCUUCUUCUCCCUCGUCGAUAACCCUCUUCUUAUCAACGGCACUCUUUUGAGCUUUUCGCUGGAGAGAAAGAGUGGCAACAAGUGCUACAUGAUGGCAGCGAGGGCCUUGAAUAUUGUUUGGGGACAUGAGCAAAGAUACUGGCACUGGAUCUCUCUCCCUAACACCAGGUUCGGAGAAGUGGCUGAGCUCAUCAUGGUCUGGUGGCUUGAGAUCACUGGCAAGAUCAACAUUACCCUUCUCUCUGAUGACACCCUCUACGCCGCUUACUUCGUCUUUAAGUGGAACCAUAGUCCUUACGGUUUUCGCCAGCCUGUAGAAACCUCCCUUGUCUUGGCUGACACCGAGAGCACUGACAAUGUUGUUCAGCCUUCCAUGAUUAGUCUCAUGCAAGAUUCAGGCGGCGAAGAAGGUCAGUCCCCUGUGCUGAGAAGAGACGGUUGGUACGAGGUUGAAUUGGGACAGUUCUUUAAAAGGAGAGGAGAUUUGGGUGAAAUAGAGAUGAGCCUCAAGGAGACAAAGGGUCCUUAUGAGAAGAAGGGCCUUAUUGUUUAUGGCAUCGAGAUUAGACCAGUGCCCUAAUUGUAUCCUACUCCUAAAUACCUUUGCGGUUUCCAGUGUUCUCUUGAUUCUCAACCCUGUGUUGUUAUCUUCUCUUUCCCUGCCUUCUUCUUCUUUUCCUUUUCUAUAUUGAUGCAGAAGAAUAAUGUUUUUUUGAAAAAUGUUUUUAUAUGAUCAGCUUUUUGAUUAUGACAUUACUAUAUAUGCUUG